AUGCUUUCUCAAUCCCACCGCAUCUUAUUUACGCAUGGUGAUAUCCGGCCUCAGAAUGUUAUGGUGAAAGAUGGACAUGUGGUCGCCAUUAUAGACUGGGAGCGAAGUGGUUGGUAUCCAGAAUACUGGGAAUUCGCAAAGGCACUACUUGUAUGGGGCUGGCAGAGUGAUUGGACAGACUACCUGAUGCAAAUUCUCUAA